AUGCAGAAGCUCCUUCAUUGCCCUAUAUUACGUUCAGCGAAGCCCCAUUCUCAUCCAACAUCCACCUUCACUUCACUUUCAGAGAGCUCCCUCACCAACUUGAACGUUUCCAAUCAAGUCCUCGCCCUUAUCAACUCGUCACACCCUUUCGGCCCCUCCCUCGGGAGAUUAAUUGCGUUUCUCAAUCGCGAAAUCGUGAUUUCAGUGCUUCAGUCCCAGGCGGAAUUGAAGAAAGAUCCCAGAAUUAGCUUCCGAUUCUUCAUCUGGGCUUCCGGAGAACGGCGACUGCGGAGUGGGGCUUUGUACAAUUUGAUGGUUGACCUGUUAUUGUACGGUGGCGACGGCGAGAGUUCUUCAUUUGAUUUGUACUGGAGCGUGCUGGAUGAAUUGAGAAAUGAGAAGCUGUACAUUUCUGCGGAUGCGUUUGUAGUGUUGAUAUUGGGUUAUUGGAGGUUGAGGAAAGCAGAAAAGGCCGUGGAGACGUUCGGUAAGAUGAGGGAUUAUGGGUGCCGGCCGAAUUUAGCUGCUUACAAUGUCAUAUUGAAUGUUCUGGUCAAGCAAAACUUGAUUUUGCUGGCAUUGGCGGUUUAUAACAACAUGUUGAAGUCCAACUAUGAAAUCCAGUGCGACACUUUCAACGUUUUGAUUGAUGGCUUGUGCAAGAGCCGGAUGACUCUUGAUGCACUCAGGCUGUUUGAUGAAAUGACUGAGAGAGGAAUACUGCCAAGUCGUAUUACUUACACUGUGGUUAUAUCAGGGUUGUGCAAGGCGAAUAGGGCGCAUGAUGCGCAUAAGCUGUUUAUCUCGAUGAAGAAUAAUGGCUUGAAACCUGAUUCCGCCACAUACAAUGCCUUGCUUGAUGGGUUCUGCAAGUGCGGCCGGAUGGAUGAGGCGCUGCUGCUUUUCAAGUCAUUUCGAGAGGAUGGGUAUAGUGUUGGGAUACGGGGGUAUAGUUGUAUGAUUGAUGGUUUGAUAAGGGCUAAGAGGAUAACUGAGGCUGAGAAAUUGUUUCAAACGGUUGUUGAUAUAGGUUUGACACCUGAUCUCAUCUUGUAUUCCAUUAUGAUCCGAGGGUUAAGUGAAUCGAGAAGAGUGAGUGAUGCCAUGAAUAUGUUCAAGGACAUGAUUGGGAAAGGUAUUGUGCCUGACACUCAAUGUUAUAAUGCGUUAAUCAAAGGAUUAUGUAACGUGGGACUAUUGGAUGAAGCUCGAUCUCUCAAACUAGAGAUUUCCCAGCAUGAUCAGUUCCCUAACACCUGCACUUACACUAUUCUUAUUUGUGGUUUGUGCAGGAAUGGUCUGCUGGGGGAGGCCCAGCAGAUUUUCAGUGAUAUGGAAAAGUUCGGUUGUUCUCCUUCUGCAGUGACUUUUAAUUCCCUUAUUGAUGGGCUCUGCAAGGCCGGUAAGCUUGAUGAAGCCCACUUGAUGCUCUACAAAAUGGAAAUUGGAAAAAACCCGUCGUUGUUUCUUCGACUUUCUCAAAGCACUGAUCCCGUUCUUGAUAGUUUGAGUCUACAAAAAAUGGUCAACAACUUGGUUUCCUCCGGUUCAAUUCUUAAAGCUUACAAGCUUUUGAUGCAGCUUGCUGAUAGUGGGGUUGUCCCGAACAUCAUCACGUAUAACACGUUGAUCAAUGGCAUGUGUAGGGCUGGGCAGGUUAAUAGCGCUCUUAAGCUUUUUGAGGAGCUCCAAAUCAAGGGGCGUUUUCCUGAUUCUGUAACAUACUCUACUCUCAUAGAGGGGCUCCAGAGGGUGGGUAGAGAGGGUGAUGCAUAUAAGUUGUUUGAACUAAUGAGUGAAAAUGGAUGUAAGCCUAGCUCGUCUGUGUAUAAAACGCUUUUGUGCUGGUCUUGCAGAAGGAAAGACACUUCUAAUGCUUUUAAUAUUUGGUUGAAGUAUCUAAGUAGGCUAGCCGGCCGGGAAGGUGAAGCAUUAAAAUCGGCUGAAGAACUUUUUAAAAAAGGUGACUUGGAGAAGGCCUUGAGAAGCUUACUAGAAAUGGAACACAAGUUGGCUGACUUUGAUUCAGCUCCUUACAGCAUUUGGCUUGUUGGCUUGUGUCAGGCUAACAGAAUUGAGGACGCUUUGAAGACAUUUUCUAUUCUUGAGGAGUUUAAUGUUUCUGUUUCUGCCGCUGGGUGUGUAAAGUUGAUUGAUGCUCUUUGCUCUGCUGGAAAUCUCAACGAAGCAGUUGAUGUUUUUCUCUACACCAUGGAGAAAGGCUACCGAUUGAUGCCUCGAGUCUGUAACAGUUUACUUCAAGCUCUUUUUGAUUCAAAAGAUAAUACGACACUUGCUUUUGAGCUUCUGGACAGAAUGAAGUCUGUGGGCUAUGAAUUAAGUUCUUAUCUUCACCGUAGAACAAAGUCUCAUUUAAAUGAAAAAUUAAAUUUGAGAUGA